AUGUUCGUCAAGCGUCUCCAGUGCACCGUCACGGUGCUUUCUACAGUGCUUAAGCACACCCAAACGCGUUCAAUUGGUUUCCUAUCGUCACUACCAGAGGAACAUUCAAUGCUACGCGGCAUGUGUAUGCAAUACACAGCUAAAAACUUGAAACCAGUUGCUGGACAGCUGGAUAAAGAGCACAAAUUUCCGGCCAAACAAGUGAAGGAGCUCGGGGAAAUGGGCCUUAUGGGCGUCGCCAUUGACGAUCAGUAUGGAGGAGCUGGACUAGAUUAUUUGGCUUAUGCUAUUGCUAUCGAGGAGAUUAGUCGCGGGUGUGCAUCUACAGGCGUCAUUAUGUCGGUCAACAAUUCAUUGUACUGCGCACCGCUGGAUAAAUUUGGCACUCCUGAGCAAAAGGAAAAACACUUGACACCUUUUGCUAAGGGAGAGAAGCUCGGCUGCUUUGGAUUGAGUGAACCUGGUAAUGGCAGUGAUGCUGGUGCGGCGUCAACUACUGCACGGGUCACUGACAAGGGAUACGUGUUAAAUGGCACAAAGGCGUGGAUUACUAAUGCUCAUGAUGCAGAUCAGGCAAUUGUGUUUGCUACGACGGACAAGUCGCUGAAACAUAAGGGCAUUAGCGCUUUUAUCGUGCCGACCAAUGCACCAGGCUUCUCGCUGGGCAAGAAGGAGGAUAAGCUCGGGAUCCGUGCAUCGAGCACGGGCAAUCUCAUCUUUGAGGAUGUUGAGGUCCCAAAGGAUAACCUGCUUGGUAAGGAAGGAGAUGGGUUUAAGAUUGCUAUGGUCACGCUGGACUCGGGUCGGAUCGGCAUUGCAGCGCAAGCACUGGGGAUUGCUCAGGCCUCAUACGACUGUGCUAUCGCAUAUGCGCAGACUCGCAAGACGUUCAAUGUACCUUUGGCCAAGAACCCCAUCAUUCAGACCAAGUUGUCAACGAUGGCAAUGGAGAUCGAGGCUGCGCGUUUACUGACAUGGAAAGCUUCCGUCGAGAAAGAUGCCGGCCGUCCAUUUACGAAACUAGCGGCCAUGGCGAAACUCAAGGCGUCGGAAGUAGCCACAUUGUGCUCUCACGAGGCGAUCCAAGUGCUCGGUGGCAUGGGCUACGUGUCUGACAUGCCAGCUGAACGCCAUUACCGCGACGCACGUAUCACGGAGAUCUACGAAGGCACAUCCGAGAUCAUGCACCUGGUCAUUGCAGGCGUACUUAACAAGGAAUUCGCUGAGACUAACUAG